ACUGAGGUAUUUCUCACUGUUUCUUCAAGGUGUUCACAGGAUCACAAUCCCACACAGACGGAAGAAAUACUUCCUUGUUAUGCAAAGUGUGUUUUAUCCUGAUGAUCGAAUAAAUGCGCGGUACGACAUUAAGGGCUGUGAGGUGAGUCGGUGGACGGAGCCGGCACCAGAGGGAAGCCAGAUUAUUGUGGUUCUCAAAGACCUCAACUUUGAAGGCCAGUACGUCAUCCUGGAGAUGAAGUGCUCUUUAAACCAGCAGCGUCCCUGGCUCCUGCAGCAGGUGGAGAUGGACACCCGGUUCCUCCAGAGCCUCCAUGUGUUGGACUACAGUCUGCUCCUGGCCCAUCAGCCCUUACAGCCCGAUGAACGCCACCACAGUCUCUCCUUCGCCACCCUCAUCAUGAGAACCAAGAAAUCUGUGAAUCCAGGCUCCAGCCCUCUCCACGCAGGCAUAGCUCCAGUCCCCGAAGAUGACUCCACCUUAACGUUGUCUGAAACAGAUUGCCGGUAUGCAUCAGGUGGUGGCUCUAUUCCAACGUGCCCCGAGCAUUCAGGGCCAAGCAGUGACGCAGCUGAGCUUCCAGACUUCAGGGUCCAAAACCGACGUUUACUGCCCAACCUAAAGAAUCCUCUGCACGUCAUUGAUGGGCCUGAGCAGCGCUACUUCAUCGGCAUCAUUGACAUUUUCACAGUUUACAGUUUUAAGAAGAGGCUGGAGCAUUGGUGGAAGAGACUGAGACAUCCAGGCCGCUCUUUCUCCACCGUCAGUCCACAAACGUACUGCCUCCGACUCUGUCACUGGGUCCAGGAUCAUACCAAGUAGACCUUGGAUGAGAGGUGGAGACGUACUGAGCGUGUCCAAUCCACCAAAGCUAACACACAUAAUACGUUUAUAUCAAUCUUUCCACAUGCUCAAAACCCCAAAAACGACGUUCUCAUGCAACAGAAUGUUUGUCAUUUACAUUUUGGGUCCGAUCACGGGACUUUCCCCCAGUGCACUAGGCGGCCCAUGUCCCAUGCACAAUUACAAGUUAGCAUUGACUUAUUUUAAUGUUAAGUUGAAUGUUUAACGUAACUUACGUUACAUAACAAACAAUAUUUAUUUAAACCAAACCAUAAAACUAACCAAGUAGUUGUGUUGUGUUUUUUUCACAGCGUUAAGUGUUUGAAACUGAGACAAAUAAAAAACUAUUCUGUCCUCAAA